AUGUUAAUUAAAAAAUACAAACAAUUAGCUAAAAUAUUAAACAACCGAACCAAAGAUGAUCAAUCACAUCUUUUGUUUAGUCACCACCACAUGAUAUAUUGCCUGCAUCAGCAGCGAAAACAACUUCAACAGCCUCAACUGCGGCAUCGUGGUUCAUCGUAUUCAUUCAUAACGAUUUUAGGUGUCAUGUCAAUGAUUCAGCUUUUGCUACCACUGGGAUGCGUCGAUGCCGUCGGUUAUUCAUACACACGUUUCGUCGGUCCCGUUGCUGGUCCCGAACACAAGAUCUAUGUAAAUGCUGCCAACGCUGCCACAGAUGGUAAACCUCAUGGCGUGGAUUAUGUUGCCAAAGCGGAAUAUCAAUUUGCGUAUGGUGUGGAAGAUGCAGAUGCUCAUAUUUUGCAUAAUCGCAAUGAAAUGCGUGAUGGUGAUGCUGUUAAAGGAGUUUAUAGCCUAAUUGACCCUGAUGGUGCAUUGCGUGUGGUCAAAUAUACAGCCGAUGACAUUAAUGGUUUUCAAGCUGAAGUCAUACGUAAUGGAGUCUCAUCAUUACAUGGUCAACUGCAAAAUGAUUACAAACGUGCACCACCUUUAGAGAUCAGCAACAACUAUGACAACCCAGACUACGAACCACAUCAUUAUCCGCAAUCUCAAACGCAUUUGAAAGCAGACACCAACAAAUAUUAUCCAUCAUCCAAUAUAUAUGACCCCAAUUUGGAACAACUGCAGAAAAUAAAUCAUCAGCUUUAUAAUCCGCCCAAUCAUUAUCAAACGCCUCCACAGCCACCCAUUAUUUAUCAUUACAACAACAACGAUGAUGAUAGCAACAGUGACAGUGAUUAUCGUGAAGAUCCGCAGCCACAAUAUGAAGUUCAUGAAAAACCCAAUAAUGAUGAUCAUGAGAAUCAAAAAGAUAAUGAUUGCGAUGAUGAUGGAAAUGGAGAUGGAGAUGACAAUGACAAUGACCACAAAUCAAACAAUGGCGACAAUGUGGCUGAUCAUAAAAAGAAAAAACAUCAUCCGCGGGAAGAAGAGGAUGAUGAUGAUGACUACGAUGACGAGGAUGAUUCUGAGGAAUUGGAGGAUUAUGAUGAAGCAGUUCACAAAGCCGACAACAGCGAGGAAAGUGAUGAAUAUUAUUAA